GACACUCGAGGAGGCACACGAGGCGGAAAAGUGGACCGGUGCCCCGCACCACCGCCUCUCCCGAGGGCGCGUACUGACCAGGAUGUCAGACAAGCUCAAGGAACGCAAAAGAACCCCCGUUUCGCACAAAGUGAUAGAAAAGCGGAGGAGGGACAGAAUCAACCGCUGCUUGAACGAGCUGGGCAAGACGGUGCCCAUGGCCCUGGCGAAGCAGGUAACGUUGGCGGCCCGGAGCCGGGUGCCAGGCUUUGGGAGGCCUCUGCGGCCACUCUGCGGAGACGCCCGAGCCUGCAGACACAGAGGGCCUCACUUGCGGGCCCCUCUCAGGGAGCCUGAGCGCAGGCGAGCCUCAGGAGGCUCUGGCGCAGAUCCGCAGCGGCGCCCGCUCGCUGGUCCUCUCCAGAGCCACAGUGCCCGCUCAGCAAGCGCCGGGCCGCUGCGAGGGGCCCUCUUCCUCCUUUUGCAGAGUUCCGGGAAGCUGGAGAAGGCGGAGAUCCUCGAGAUGACCGUUCAGUACCUGAGAGCACUGCACUCCGCUGAUUUUCCCCGGGGAAGGGAAAAAGAACUUCUAGCGGAGUUUGCCAACUACUUCCACUAUGGCUACCACGAGUGCAUGAAGAACCUGGUGCAUUACCUCACCACGGUGGAGCGGAUGGAGACCAAGGACACCAAGUACGCGCGCAUCCUUGCCUUCCUGCAGUCCAAGGCCCGCCUGGGCGCGGAGCCCGCCUUUCCGCCGCUGGGUUCGCUCCCGGAGCCGGAUUUUUCCUACCAGCUACACCCUGCGGGGCCCGAGUUCGCUGGCCACAGCCCGGGCGAGGCCGCUGUGUUCCCGCAAGGCUCUGGUGCCGGGCCUUUCCCCUGGCCGCCUGGCGCGGCCCGCAGCCCCGCGCUGCCCUACCUGCCCAGCGCGUCAGUGCCGCUCGCGAGCCCAGCGCAGCAGCACAGCCCCUUCCUGACGCCGGUGCAGGGCCUGGACCGGCAUUACCUCAACCUGAUCGGCCACGCGCACCCCAACGCCCUUAACCUGCACACCCCCCAGCACCCCCCGGUGCUCUGACGCCCACUCGCCCGCCAGAUUUCUCUGCGC